AUGGAGUCUAAAGUCUCGGAAGGGGGUUUGAAUGUCACCUUGACAAUCCGUCUUUUAAUGCAUGGAAAAGAAGUUGGAAGUAUCAUCGGAAAGAAAGGAGAAACUGUGAAAAAGAUGCGGGAAGAGAGUGGAGCACGAAUUAACAUUUCAGAAGGAAAUUGCCCAGAAAGGAUCGUUACCAUCACUGGACCAACAGAUGCUAUUUUCAAGGCAUUUGCAAUGAUUGCUUAUAAGUUUGAAGAGGACAUCAUAAAUUCCAUGAGUAACAGUACUGCAACAAGCAAACCUCCUGUCACUUUAAGACUCGUUGUUCCAGCAAGUCAGUGCGGAUCUUUGAUUGGAAAAGGUGGUUCCAAAAUCAAGGAAAUUAGAGAGUCUACCGGGGCUCAGGUACAGGUGGCUGGAGACAUGCUGCCCAACUCCACAGAGCGUGCAGUAACAAUUUCGGGCACCCCUGAUGCUAUUAUCCAGUGUGUGAAGCAGAUAUGUGUAGUGAUGCUGGAGUCCCCUCCAAAAGGUGCCACCAUCCCUUACCGUCCAAAACCCGCUUCCGCCCCUGUCAUUUUUGCAGGUGGUCAGGCCUAUUCUAUCCAAGGACAGUACGCAAUCCCCCACCCUGAUCAGUUGACCAAGCUCCACCAGUUGGCCAUGCAGCAAACCCCCUUUACUCCCCUCGGACAGACCACCCCUGCUUUCCCUGGAGAAAAGCUGCCCUUACAUUCCUCUGAAGAAGCUCAAAACUUGAUGGGCCAGUCAGCAGGUAUGGAUGCCAGUCCCCAGGCAAGUACUCAUGAACUCACCAUACCAAAUGAUCUAAUAGGCUGCAUCAUCGGACGCCAAGGGACCAAAAUCAAUGAAAUUCGACAGAUGUCUGGAGCACAAAUCAAAAUAGCCAGUGCCAUGGAGGGGUCAGCAGAGCGUCAGAUCACUAUCACUGGGAGCCCAGCUAACAUCAGCCUUGCUCAGUACCUCAUCAACGCCAGUUUGCAGCUACAUCCAGAGGAAUGGGAUGGUGCAGACAUUUAGACAAUAAACCUGCCAUAUGUUACCAGACUCUGAUGGUGCUAGAGAAGACACAUCAUGGUAAUCGGUGGCCUUCCAAUGUCAUCUUGUGUCCAGUGUGUUAAAGAAAGUGCCCGCAUUCAUAUGGAAAAUCAUUCUACAGUAUUUGUACAACUGUUGGCUGUUAGCUGUCCCUUCUACAUCACAAGAUGGAUCUGCAAUGUAUUUCAGCCAAACAAUUCCUGAGCAGUUACGGUGCUCAACAUGAAAGUUGGUGCUCGAGUGACUACACAGAAUUGGUAGGAGUAGAAGAUGAACCACAAAAAGUAGACUAAUUACGGUACCUUAUUUUGACAUCACGCAUGAUAAACCUCCACCGUCGCUUCUGCGCUUUGAUCACCUCUGGUAAAUUUUAUGUUUCAGGGGGGUUCAAAUGUAUAA